AUAAAAUCCUGAAAGCAAUUAGGAAAAAAAACUGUAAGCAACCGUUCUACGACUACUUCACGGCGGUUUUCACUAAGCAGCAAGCACACAUUCUUCAACUCUCCCUCUCCGCCGGACAUCUCCUAUUUUUCUCCGGCAGAUCGUAAAUUAAUUGCUUAUUUAUCAGCAGAUCGUCCUGAAGUGCCUUAAAUUGAAGUUAUUGGUGUUGAUUUGGGAAAUGUUCGUCAAAAAGCUAGUCGAAAAGGCUUCGUUGAAGAAGCCUGGAGGAAAACCAGAUAGUUUAAAAUCCGACGAUGUAAAUCCACGCCCCAUUUUCCAUUAUGGCCUCCCAUCAGGAUGCAAUUUAUUUGCUCAUGAUCCUAUUCAGAAGAUUCUUGCUAUAUCCACCAUAGAUGGCCGGAUUAAGUUAUUUGGACAAGAUAACACUCAAGUAGUAUUGGAAUCUCCAGAGCCACUACCAAGCAAAUUUUUGCAGUUCAUCCAUAACCAACAGUUUCUUAUAAACAUCAAUGCAAACAAUCAUAUCGAGGUUUGGAACAUAGACUUGAACUCAUUGGCUCAUGUCCAUGUAUAUAAGGAAGAAAUUACAUCUUUUACAAUCCUUCAACAUACCUUUUACAUGUAUGUUGGAGACUCCAUUGGUAAUGUUUCAGUUCUCAAGUUUGACAAAGAACAAUGUAAUAUAACACAAAUGAAAUACAUAAUUCCUUUCUCAGCAUCUCAUGGUAAUUCAACAGCGGAUCAUACCAAUGCUGCUGUUAUGUAUAUACUCCCUCAACCAUCUGCUGAAAGUAAGAGGAUUCUUAUAAUUUAUAGAGAUGGAUUUGUCAGUUUAUGGUCAAUUCAAGAAAGCAAACCCAUCUUUACAACUGGAGGAACUUUGAUUCAGUCACUUAAUCAUGACAUUAAAAAAGUAACAGCUGCAUGUUGGGCUUGUCCUUUUGGAAGCAAAGUAGUUAUUGGAUACAACAAUGGAGAACUUCUGAUUUGGAGUAUUGAUGAUAAGGAGUUAGGUGGGACCCAAAGUGGCCCUCUGUUUAAACUAAAUCUUGGGUAUAAAUUGGACAAAAUCCCAAUUUCCAAAUUGAAAUGGGCUUAUGCAGAUGGGAAAUCAAGUCGAUUAUAUGUUCUGGGCAAUUCCGACUUUUCAUCUCCAAACUUGUUACAGGUUAUUAUAAUAAAUGAUCAGAUUGAAUCACGCACAACUAAACUUGGAAUUGGAACACCUGAGCCAUGUGUUGACAUGGAGAUUUUAGUCUCUUACAAUGAACAAACCAAACAUAAAGAGGAUUGCUUUCUUGUUCUUGGAAAAUCAGGCCAUGUUUAUACAUACGAUGAUUCUUCAAUUGAAAAAUACCUAAUUCAAUCCCAAACUAGGUCUCCACCUUCAUCACUUCCAAAAGAGAUUAAAGUGAAACUACCAUAUGUUGACACAAUCAUCACUGUAGCAAAGUUCAUCACUGACAAUCCAUGCAUGUUAAUGUUAUCUUCCAAUGAGGACUACAUGUUGAUGUCGAAAAAGAUUCCUUCACUUUUCUCAUUUGAGGCUAAGCAAAAAGACGGAUCUUCAUCUUCAUCUUCAUCUUCUACAUCUGGUUUUACGAGUUUUUCAAAUUUUAAAAACAUAUACAUAACAGGACAUAGCAAUGGUGGUAUAAACUUCUGGGAUGCAUCAUCUCCACUUUUGAUUCCAAUUGUAUCAUUUAAUCAACAAAGUGAAGAUGAUCAGACUUUAAGUGGUGUUCCACUGACUGCAUUGUGUUAUGAUAUGGAAACACGCCUCCUCAUAUCUGGAGAUCAAACUGGAACAGUUAGAAUUUAUAAAUUUAAACCCGAGCCAUAUGCCAUAGAGAGCAGUUUUUUGUCCUUACAAGCAAGUUCAAAGAAAGGAAGCAAUAUUGUUCAAAGUGUUAAACUUGUGAAGGUGAAUGGAGCAGUGGUUUCAUUAACUACAAGUCAUGACUCUAAACAUAUUGCUGUGGGGUCAGAUCAAGGAUAUGUUUCGGUGAUUGACAUUGGAGGAGGAACUGUGUUAUAUGAAAGGCGUAUAGCGAGUGAGAUCUCGACAGCUGUCAUCUCUCUGCAAUUUGGGAUGUGUAGUUUGCAUGGAUUUGAGAAAAGUGUGUUAAUGGCAGCAACAAAGGAUUCAUCAGCUUGGGCACUUGAAAGUGAAACAGGAAAUAUACUCAAUAAUGGAUCAGUUCAUCCUAAAAAACCUUCUAAAGCUCUUUUAAUCCAAAUGUUAGAUGAGCAAGGGACAGCUGGAAGAGGAUCUAAUGCAUCUAAGGGUAUAAUAGGAAAUUCGUUUGAUGAUGGGAUAGUGAAGGACUCAUUGCUACUAUGUUCUGAGAAAGCUGUUUACGUGUAUUCACUUUCACAUGCUGUUCAGGGAGUGAAGAAGGUUUGCUAUAAAAAGAAGUUUAAUUCCUCAAUUUGUUGUUGGGCUUCAACAUGUUGUUCUGAUGCUGGCCUUGUUCUUGUUUUUACCAAUGGGAAAAUUGAAAUUAGAUCCUUGCCUGAAUUAACCCUUUUGAAGGCAACAUCCAUAAGAGGCCUUGCACUUUCAACUUCAAAACCGAAUUCUUUACCUGAUAGUUCAAUCUGUGCUUCACACAGUGGUGAUAUUAUCAUGGUGAAUGGUGAUAAGGAAGUUUUUAUUGUUUCGGUUUUACAACAAAGGGAAAUAUUCAGGCAUUUAGACUCAGCUACCCGAGUUUAUAACAAGGACCUGAUAGUUCCACAAGGGAUUCCGCUUGAGCAUGUCAAAGAAAAGAAAAAGGGAAUCUUUGGUUCUAUGAAGAAAGUAAGCAAACCACAACACGAGCGGGAAACAGAACCGGAAGCUUCUAGAGAAAGCUUUGAAGAACUGUCAACAUUAUUUUCCAUUGCUAACUUUGCAUUGGAGAGUGAAAGCCAAGAAAACAUCCACACAGAUGAAGAUGAGGUUGACCUGGAUAUAGAUGAUAUUGACAUUGAUGGGCCAGAAGAGAAACCAAAAGGAAACACCAUGAUGGGAGCGCUUAACAAACAAAAGCUCACUAGUAAAUUUAAUGCAUUCAAAGGUAAACUAAAAGAGAUGAAUGUGAAAAAGGAGAAAGUGCAAGUGAAGGAAGAACAACCACGAGACGAUCAGAAAACCGGUUCUGUAGAUCAAAUCAAGAAAAAAUAUGGAUUCAGCUUGACCAGUGAAACAAGUGCUGCUAAAAUGGCACAAAACAAACUGAGCGACAACAUAAGAAAACUCAAGGGAAUCAAUUUAAAAACAGCAGAAAUGCAAGACAACGCGCAGACAUUUUCUUCAAUGGCAAAAGAGAUGCUGCGAACUGCUGAAAAUAAUGAUCGAAGAACCUCAUGA